UCCAUCCGUUGAGUGGGAAAAUAAUUGAUCUGACAAUUGCUCCAAUCACUCAACCCUUAAUCUUGAGGCACAAUUGUAUAAUUAUCCGAGCACGAAUUUGUUGUGUAAGUGCAAUUAUCGAUAAGGCCUCAAAUAGACCGACGGCAGAGACUGACACUAUUGUCCUCAUCACAAAAAGUAGAGAAGGAUGUUUCUGGAGCAAGUCCAAAUCCGAGGGGUUCCAAUCCGUGCCAUUAUGUCCUCGGUCGGGGCUUUCCUGAUCUGUCUCAUGUUGGGCGCCUUCUACACAUUCGGCAACAUUAUGCCCUACCUCGUGUCCUACAUGAGGUCAGACAUGGGCGUAAGUCAGAACAUCACUUACAGCGAUUUUGCCACGGUUAAUUUGGUGUUUGGAAUCGGAAAUGGCAUCAGCUUAUUCAUUGCUCCAAUGGUCCUGGUUCCACUCCUUGGCAACCGGUUGGUCCUUAUCAUCGGAUGUGUUUUAUUUUGCGGUGGAGCAUUGGCCACACGAUGGACCAUGGAAUAUAGUUUGAACUGGGUCAUCGUCACUUACGGACUGAUCCAAGGAUUAGGGAACAUGGCCCUGAUGCCUUGUUACACGGUCCCAAUGAGUUGGUUUCCAGAGCACAAGGGCAAGAUUAUGGGCAUCGUCAUUGCUGGCUAUGGCAUCAGUUCUACGAUCAUGAACCAAGUACAAUUGGCAAUCACCAAUCCGAAUGACGUUGAUGCCAUUUCUCCUGAUGGAACGGACGACGCCUAUUUUGAGAAUCCAGAUGUUCUGGAACGAGUUCCAACUCUUCUGUACUCUUUGUCUGGCAUCUAUGCCACUUUCCAGCUGAUUGGUAUUAUUCUCACGGCUGAUCCACCGGAUUUUGAGCCUCCCCGGGUAUCGUUCAAAUGGGCCUCGUUGAAGAGGGCUUUCAAGGGAUUCGGCUCCUCUGUUUUGACUCGAAGGGAAUUUUAUCUAUUGUUCAUAACGCGCUUUUGCUUCACCAUUGUAACGCAGACCAUCCCUACGUACUACAAGGCCUUUGGCUUGACGUUCAUUUCGUCGGACAGCUUCAUUACCAACUACAUUGGCACCUUUUCUGGAAUCAUGCAAUGGAUCUCUCGAAUGGCUUAUGGAUUUGCUUUGGAUUGGGUGCCCUACAAGAUGGUUGUUUGUUUUCAAUCAGGGGUCUUAGCCUUGUUCGUGGGGACAUUUUACUUGACAUGUGAAAUGGGAAAGGUGGCCUAUCUGAUUUGGAUGUACGUGAUCUAUUUGACUUUUCCUGCCAUUUAUGCCAUCUUGCCAGCUAAGUGCACCGAAGUGUUUGGAUCCAAGUAUGGUGGACCAGUCAUUGGAACAAUUGCGUUGGGUGACAUUAUUCUGAAUCUCACCAUUAAAUAUGUCGGAGAAGCCAUUCUUCAAGGGUCCAGAAAGGACUAUCUUUACUUCUUUCUUUUCGUUAUGAUUGGUCCUGUGAUAGGAUGUGUGACUACACUGUUCUUUCGACAAACUGAUGAAGACAAGGCCCGGUCGGCCAAAUGCGCGCAAUUGGUCUGCAAAUAAGCUGUUGUUGCUCAAGAAGGCUCAAGAAAAAAAUAGCCUCUUUGGAAGAUCCUUUGCCCUCCAAUCGUGGUCCAUACUGAGCCUUUUAAGUAAUGGAAUAAGGUCUCUAAUAAAUAUGCUAUAUCGUCA